AUGGAGGCAAAAAGGCCUAGAUUAUUGAAUAAGCCCAAUUUCAUAACUUCCUUCAGGGUCGUAUUAUUUUGCACCUCAUUUUUGUAUUAUAAGACGAAACCCCUCUACUUUUUGGGAUUCUACGUUUCAAGUGUUCUUCUUGAUAUGGUCGAUGGUGAAGUCGCUAGGAAAUAUGGUGAAGCAACAAUAUUUGGAGCAAUGUUUGAUUCGUUAUUUGAUAGGAUGACCACUGCAUUCCUCUAUAUGCACUUGUCAAUGAAAUAUCCCAGAUACUUUCUCUUUUUCUAUUUUGUUCUUGUAUGGGAUGUUGUUGGACACUGGGCACAUAACUAUGUUUGCUGUUUAUUGGGUAAUACAAACCACAAGAAAAUUGAUGGGUUCUUCCUUCUCAAAAUGUAUUACGAAAAAAGACGUAUGUUUCUAUUACCAAGAUUAUAUCCAGUUAUAUAUAAUAAAACUAAUAUUAAUGUACGAUUUUUAACGUAUGGAUCACUACCACUCGCCGCAUUCAAAGCCGUAUCACCUUUAUUUAGUUCUAGCACACACCUUAGUUACACAUUUACUAUAGUUAUAUUUACUAAUACGGCCCAAUUCUUCUAUGCCUCAAAACGUCUUUCUAUUUAUGAAGUUGAGCAGUUUGAUUUGAAAGCUGGUGCUCGUUAA